UCUUCUUGCUAGAACUGCUACAUGUAUAUCUAUAGCUACUACAAGUUAUUCUGAAAGAUCAACUGAAAUUAUUAAUGAAUCCACUUCAAGAAAUAAUAUUUCACAACAAGGUGAUAGUAUUCAA